GCCGAAGGGGCGCUGUCGCCCUUUCCCCCUUCCUCGGGCUUCUGCCUUCCGUUGGAGCGGCGGAAGGGGGGAAGGGAGAGGCCUGGAGACGCCUACCUGAGCGCCCAGGUGAGCCAGGCAGUCGCGGGGGGUUGUGGGUCGGCGCUCACCUGGGCGCUGCCGGCUCACCAAUCGCAGUCCGUCCGGGAUAGCAGAGCGGUGUUCGCCGCCGCCCGCCGUGCCAGGAGGGGGGAGACGGCAGGACCGAGGCGGCUUCGUUGGAAGCUCCCAGCUCCUUUCUUCUCUUCCGACUUCGGCUGCAUCCCGGCGCAGGUUAGAUAUGGAACUAGGAAGCCUGCUUUCCAGCAGCAGACUGCUCGAAGUCACAUGGUCAGUGGAGCAAGAUAAGUAGCAAGGAAGGGGAAAGUUUCUGUGAAGGAUCAGGGCAGCUUCUAAAAAUGGCAGUUGGCAAUUCACUCAGCUAAGGAACACCCUUCCCUGUUGGGAACCUGCUGUGUCAUCGCAGAAACCUCCAUUUUGCAAGAUACUGCCAUUUUAGCAAACACCUAACUACCUCUAUGAAAAAGACUCAUUUUAUCAAAAGGGCUUACAUAUGUGGACUUUCCGGAAUGGCUCUCCUAAGAAUGCUAAGACGAUUUAUAAAGAAACCGUUUUCCCAGUGGAAGCUUUGGAAGUUCACCAUUAUUGUUUUUAUCUUUUUAAUAUUUUUGCUUUUGUUACAAAGAGAAGUAAGUAUUCAGGAUUUUCAUGACGAGCCAGGAAUCCAGACGAAAGAUGGAAAGAGGUCUAAUGUGCUAGGCCUCGUGUUACAAGCUGUGAACAAUAUUAAAGGUGCAAAGCCAAAAAUGCAAAUCAGAGCUCCUCUUAGACAAACUCAGGUUCCUGGCCAGAGGCGCUGUUUACCAGGGUCUUACACAGCAGCUGAACUGAAACCUUUCCUGGAUCGACCCCCUCAGGAUCCUAACGCUCCUGGAGCUUCCGGAAAAGCCUUCAAACCUGUCAAUUUAAGUCCAGAAGAACAGAAGGAGAAAGAGCGUGGAGAUGAAAAACAUUGUUUUAAUGCUUUUGUGAGCGACAGGAUUUCUUUACACCGAGAUCUUGGACCAGACACGCGACCUCCUGAGUGUAUUGAGCAGAAAUUUAAACGCUGUCCAUCACUGCCUACUACAAGCGUUAUCAUAGUCUUUCACAAUGAAGCAUGGUCCACUCUGCUAAGAACUGUCUAUAGUGUGAUGUAUUCUUCCCCUGCAAUUUUACUGAAAGAAAUAAUUUUGGUAGAUGAUGCCAGUGAAGAUGAUUACUUGCACAAUAAAUUAGAUGAAUAUGUGAAACAAUUCCAGAUAGUUAAAAUUGUCCGGCAAGAGAAGAGAAAAGGCCUCAUCACCGCUCGAUUGUUGGGUGCUUCAGUAGCAACAGGAGAAACACUCACUUUUUUGGACGCCCACUGUGAGUGUUUUUACGGUUGGCUGGAACCCUUGUUGGCAAGAAUAGCUGAAAACUAUACUUGUGUUGUAAGCCCAGAUAUUUCUGCUAUAGAUGUCAAUACUUUUGAAUUUAGCAAGCCUUCUCCUUACGGCCAUAACCACAACAGAGGGAACUUUGACUGGAGUUUGUCCUUUGGAUGGGAAUCUCUGCCUCAGCGUGAAAGCAAAAGAAGGAAAGAUGAAACCUAUCCCAUUAAAACACCCACAUUUGCGGGAGGUCUCUUUUCAAUAUCGAAAGAGUACUUUGAAUACAUUGGAAGCUACGAUGAAGAAAUGGAAAUAUGGGGAGGGGAAAAUAUAGAAAUGUCUUUCAGAGUAUGGCAAUGUGGAGGUCAGUUGGAAAUCAUACCUUGUUCUGUUGUUGGCCAUGUGUUCCGAAGCAAGAGCCCCCAUACCUUUCCAAAAGGGACUCAGGUGAUCACACGUAAUCAAGUUCGCCUUGCAGAAGUCUGGAUGGAUGAAUUUAAAGACAUAUUUUACCGAAGAAACAGAGAAGCAGCAAAAAUCGCGAAACAAAAAACAUUUGGUGACUUGUCAAAAAGACUUGAGUUAAGGCAUCGUUUGCAGUGUAAAAACUUUACGUGGUAUCUAAGCAGUGUGUAUCCAGAGGUAUAUAUACCAGACUUGAAUCCUCCAUUAUCUGGAUUUUUAAAAAGCGUUGGAAAAAGGUCAUGUCUAGAUGCCGGUGAAAACAAUAGCGGUGGCAAACCAUUAAUCAUGUAUACUUGUCAUGGACUUGGAGGAAACCAGUACUUCGAAUACACCGCCCACCAUGAAAUUAGGCACAACAUCCAGAAGGAGCUGUGCAUCCACGCUUCUCGAGGAACAGUGCAACUUUAUGAGUGUGGCUACAAAGGAAAGAAGAGCAGAACCCCUCCAGAGGAGAAGUGGGAGAUCCGAGAGGACCAGCUGUUAUACAAUGCAGCCCUAAAGAUGUGCCUUACAGCAAAUAGCGAACACCCAAGCAUGGUAUCAUGUAAUCCCUCCGACCCCUUCCAGAAGUGGAUUUUUGGCGAAAACAAUUAAGUCCUGCUGCUAAUCAGGCGAAUAAUUAAUAAACAGGAAUAGUGGUGUUUGUCCAGCCCUCUGUGGACUUCACAGUGUGGGACUUUUCGCUUCACCCUUUUUCUGCAUCCAACUGAACCCUCCCAAAUUUUGUUCCUGGGACUCAAGAGACCCUCAGGACAGGACAGGAAGAAAGAGAGGGUCUGCAGUGGAAGAGGAGAAAUCGGCAGAAACAGCUGCCCUUCAGAGGAACUUUGUAGUUGGAUACAUGCCUCUGGCAUCUCCAAUGAAAUUAUAAAUAUUUAAACUUUAAAAUUACACAGAAACUAAUGAUAAAAGAUCAGAAAAGCUUUUCUUCUUUAAAAGUAACGCAAACAGUUUAGCAGUAAUUCCAAAGAAUUCUUCAGUUUCUUGUCUGUUUAAAAAUGUUUACAAAAUACUGGAAAUUGCGUUUCCAGUGUUAAUUUUUUAUAUGACCAUUGCCUUUAAUGUGUAAUUCCCUGUGAUUUGGGUAUUGUUUACAAGUUUUUGUGUAUAUAUUCCUAAGGACUUUGGAGAUUGUCAAUGAAGGUUAGGAAAUAUACUUUUCUGGGAGCAGCUGAAAAGUAGAGUGCCUUAUUUGUGCUGUUCAUAAUUGAAACUGUGAUUCAACUUUUCUGUAUGGCCUGGAAUCACCUUCUUGUAGGUAUUGACCUAGGCUGCCUGAUGUUUAUUGUGCCUGAGAAAAGUCUACUAAACACAUUAGCUCAUGUGAAAAGGCGUCUAUUAUUAUUCUUGAAUUAAAAAUAUAUUUUUGGUAUUUAGCCCCUGAUUCAUCUGCCAUACUACUAGCCUUAAUAUAUAAUUCCCAUGCUACUUGGUCUCAAUAUGACAAUGUUGUCAGCAUUGAGCUUUAUAUGUUAGUAUUUCUGAGUCUGAUUAAAAAGCAAACACUUCUGUUUUGCUAGAAAAUGUGGUGUAUGUACUUGGCAUUGCAUUACUGGUUAUUGGUUUGGCCAUCAGUCCUGGUGACGCACCUCUUGCGUAAUAAAUAAAUUUCAAGUUCCCAUUUUUGUAAUCGUCUUCAUGAUUCUAUGGUUUUCCUUCCUUGCUUGUUCAAAACCUGAAUGCAGGAGUUGUUCCAAAAUGGUAUAAGAGAGUUUGGUUAGAAAAAGGGAACUUUUUUUGUUUAAUUUAACAUCCUAGGUGUAAAAUGAUGAUUAUUGUUUUUUGCAGUCAGAUGUCACAUUAUUUACACGUUCCUUAUUCUUUUUGUCUCAUCACUAGAAACCAAGUGCCUUGUUAAUGCCAAGAAAAUUAUCCUUAAACCAGAAUUAGGUGUGCUGCUUACUAGUGGUAGGUUUCAUCUCAAAAAUACAAAAAAUCAAAAGCUAAAACAUUCUCUAGUUUUAUAAAUGAUCUAACCCAAAACUUUUUCAAAAAGCCACUUGUAAUUUUGGAUGGCAGUAAAGCAGUUUCCCAUAUUUCAGAGUCCCUAUGUGUCUUUUUAAAGGAUAUUGCAGAUAUUUAAAGUCCUGUCUGUACAACUUGAAAAUCCUAUCUUUUAGGCAUGAUGUGCAAAAAUAAAAAGUGCUGUAGACUUCCA